GAUUCGUGUAUCGUGUUAAUUUAUUGCAUAAUAAUAUAAUAAACACAUUAUCCCAACAUUAUGAGUGAGCCGACAACGUCGAAUGGUAUCAAUAGUCCGGCGGUGCGCAAUAUAAAGGAAAUAGAAAUCCCCGUCCCAUGGGGUGUUGUUGCAGGUAAAUGGUGGGGUUGCCAAGUAAAGCAACCCGUACUAGCACUUCACGGUUGGCAGGAUAAUGCUGGUACGUUUGAUCGGCUUUGUCCUCUACUGCCCCCAGAUAUACCGAUAUUGGCCAUAGAUCUACCAGGGCACGGCAAAUCAUCCCAUUAUCCCAAAGGGAUGCACUAUUUCAUCUUCUGGGAUGGUAUCACACUCAUCCGACGGAUCGUCAAAUAUUAUGGAUGGACAAAGCUUACACUACUAGGCCACUCGUUGGGCGGUGCGUUGAGUUUCAUGUACGCUGCCAGUUUCCCCGAUGAAGUAGACCGAUUCAUUAGUAUCGAUAUUGCCGGGCCAACGGUGCGAGAUCACCAUAAGACGGCUGCUAGUACAGGUGAUUGUAUUGACAAGUUCCUGCACUACGAGACGUUACCGGAAUCCAAAGUGCCUUGUUACGGGUACGAAGAAAUGAUCGAUCUAGUGCUAGCAGCUUACGAUGGUUCCGUAGAUUAUGAUUCUGUCGAAGUGUUGAUGCGACGAGGUAUGGCCCUAGCUCCGGCACAUUUCAACAAGGAAGGGUACCAUUUUGCUAGGGACCUUAGACUAAAAGUGGCCUUGUUGGGUAUGUUUUCCAUGGAACAGGUACUAGCGUAUGCAGAGCGUAUAAAAUGUAAAGUAUUAAAUAUACGUGCCGAUCCGGGAAUGAAGUUUGACAAUCCUGAAGUGUACAAGAACGUGAUGGAAGUGUUGAAGCGAACUGCGUCAAAAGUAGUGUAUUAUGAGAUUCCCGGGUCGCAUCACUUACACCUAGUAACUCCCGACAGAGUAUCGAAGCAGAUUAGUGAAUUUCUGUUGGAAUAA